AUGGCGGAUGAGUCAACAUGUGGUGAUAGUAAAGUCUUCAUUAUAUGUUUUAUGUAUUGGGAUUUAGUUUCUAAUGAGCCAAAAGUUUCCCUAUUAGAACUUAAAGAUUUAACCCAAUGUUCGGAAUCAUUAGUUGCAUCCACUGUUCUUAAAUCGUGUAACCAAUAUCAGUUAGAUCCAACUAAAUGUUUAACUUGGACAACUGACAAUACGGCGUAUAUGUCAGGUUGUAAAAAUGAUGUGGUAGUGUUAUUUAAUAAGAAGACUAAUUCUAAUUCAUUUCAGGUAUCAUGUGGACUUCAUGUGGCACAUAUAAUGAUGUUAAAUUUUGAAAAUGCUGCAUUUGGUAAAUUAAAAGUUAAAAAAGGAUUUUCUUCGCAAAAACAUUCAUUCAAUUUACUAUACCUUAUUUGGACAUUACAUAAUGGCUAUAAUGAAAGUAACAAAGAUAAUCCAAUGAAUAUGAAGUCUUCUUAUAUUUUCGAUUUAUAUUUUGAACUCUUUGGCAUUCGUUUGACUCAAUUUCAAAAACCUUUAUGA